CCCCCCCCCACACACAACAAUCCCUCUUCCUGCGGGAAACACGGGGUAGUGUUUUUUGGAAUUUUUUGGCUAUGGGGUAUGUCAUUUUCCAAAAAUUAACACAUUUGUGUUGAAAAGUUUGUAGCUUUAUUGAAUUCAAAGAAGGGUCUUUGGUGUUCUUGAGUUUUUGAGUUUUGGGGGUUUGAAAUUUUUGGUUUGUUUGUGUUCUUGAUUGUGGGGUUGUUUUAGAAAAAAGAGAUCGAAAAGAUAUCUGUUUCCUUUUAUUUCUUUUUUAAAGUUUUCCUGUUAGGUAAAUUUUCUUUUGAAAGUCUAAAAGGUGUUUUAAUAAAAGGGUAAUAAAAUCCUGUUAUUGUCUCUUCCCCUCUCUACAUUUGCCUUUUUUCCUCUGUUUUGUGUUUGUUUUCCUUUGUGGGGAUAUCCUUUUAUCUCAUCAUAUAGUUAGAAAGAGAGAGAAGCAAUCAGUUUCAUUUCUCUUUCUCUCUUGCUCUCUUUGUGUUUUGUUCAUUUUCCCCUUUGAAAACAAUGGAGAAAGGCUCAAUGCAAUCAAAUCUUGAGUCUUUUUUGGAUUGCACAACACCAUUAGUAGCAUCCCAGUUCCUUGCCAAGAGUGAAAUUAGAAACCUUAAUAAGCUUUGGCAUCCUAAGGAAAGGGAGGAAAUUGAAUACUUCACAUUGGCUGAUCUUUGGAAUUGUUUUGAUGAAUGGAGUGCUUAUGGUGCUGGAGUUCCAAUCAGAUUAGAUUCUGGUGAAACUUUAGUUCAAUAUUAUGUGCCUUAUCUUUCAGCAAUUCAAAUUUUCACCAGCAGUUCAUCUGUAAGCAUUUUAAGGGAGGAGACUGAGUCUGCGUGGGAAAUGAGGGAUUCUUUCAGUGAUUCAUUCAGUGAAGAGAGUGAGAGUGAAAAGCUUUCGAGAUCGGAUGGGGGUUCAUCGGAGGAAGGUCUAUUUGAGCAAGAUAAUCACUUGCAAAUGAAUAAUAGAUUGGGUUACCUUUAUUAUCAAUACUUUGAGAGAUCUUCUCCAUAUGGAAGAGUACCUCUGGUGGAUAAGAUUAGUAGCUUAGCUGAAAGACACCCUGGAUUAAUGUCAUUGAGAAGCGUAGAUCUUUCACCAGCUAGUUGGAUGUCAGUUGCUUGGUAUCCGAUAUAUCACAUUCCCAUGGGAAGAACCAUUAAAGACUUGUCGACAUGCUUUCUCACAUUCCACACCCUUUCUUCUUCUUUUCAAGAUAUGGACCUUGAAGAUAACACAGAGAAAGGUAUUAGGAAACGUAACGAAGGGGAAGCAAUCCCACUUCCACCUUUCGGUUUGGGAACUUACAAGAUGCAGGGUAAUGUUUGGAUUUCAGACAGAAGUGGGAGGGACCAAGAGAGGAUGGUGUCACUAUUAAGCGUGGCCGAUUCUUGGCUAAAGCAAUUGGGGGUCCAGCACCAUGACUUUAACUACUUCUUGGGCAUUCGUCAUGGCUAAAAUCUCCAAUGAUGGCAUACUCUUUAAACCCCUCCAAUGGACCAAUACUGAAGUUGCCCUCUCUUGGCACUGAGGUGAUGUUUUUUUAAGCUCGGAAGCAUGAAUAUCCUCGAAAGAGGAUCGUAGUAAUGUCUUCUUUGCAAUAGGCUUUUUUUUUUCGUGAUCCCCUCACCUUGAUUACCAAAAUGAGGAUUGUAGUAAUGCAAUCUCUUAAACUUCAGACUUGUGUGAUUUCUGUAUUAUGUAUAGGGAUUAGCUUAGUUUUGAAGGGAUAAAUUUUGAGGUGAAGUGAGAGAUUAGCGUGGACGCGUCGUAUUAACUGUGGAUUAAUGAUCAUGAACUGACUAUGAUUAAAACCUUCAUAUUGUGAGCAAUUCUUGCAAGCUUUUGCAAAAAUGGCUCCUUAUAUUGUAUGAUUCUGUAGAAGCUCAACUCUUUUUUUUAUGUAUAUUUUAUGUAUAUGUGUUUAGA